CUCAAAGAUAUCAAAGCACCAACAACUCAAGUACUCAACCACGUUCAUCUUUCAUAGCCAUGGACCGCUUUGUUCUCCUCCUCCUCCCGCUCUUGGCCUUGGCCAUGGCCUCCCAGCUGGCCGCACCGUGCGGCGCCGCUCAGGCGCAAGCGCAGCCGGUCUACGACACGGACGGCCACGAGCUAACGAUCGACAGCCUCUACCACAUAAUGCUACCAGAGAACGGCAACACGAGUGGCCGCUGUCUCAGCGCCGGCACUUGGUGGGCUUACGACUGCCCUCUGCACGCGGUCGCUCCGCGGUGCGGCGGGCGGUCCGGGUACCUGGGCAAGCCCGUGAUGAUCCAGGCGGCGGAUGCGGGCGCCGGCUACGCCCCCCGCCUCUCGAACGACGUUGUUUUGGCCUUCAACAGGACAUAUAACCGAUGCAUGAUGUUUCUCCAGUGGCGCAUCGAGGGUGAAUUCGAAACGCAUCAGCAACACGUGACGGUCGGCCACUUUAUAGGGGCGCCGGCGACUGUGACAACAGAGUGCGCGCCUGGAGUCAUAUGCAGGGAGCAGUCGUACCGGUUUCGUGUCGAGAGGCAUGGCACAGGGUACAAGCUGGUAUCGUGCUACAAGCCGCCAUGCCGUGAUGUGGUAUUGUACGAGUACCGCGGUGAGCAGUGGCUGACCAUACGGAAAGAAAAGGAUGGGCGCGAGCCUUUCAUGGUCGUGUUCAAGAAGUGCCCUUUUCCGUGCGUGGACCGCCGAAGGCCUCCUGCGUUCAUGUCUAACUAGACUCGUAUUCAUGUAGUUGCUCUUGAUCGAUCAAUGCCAAUCAUAAAAACUAUAGGUGUUUGGGACUAA